GGAGUUUUCUGGCCAAAUAAGUCAAGAAAGAAGGGAACACAUUUAAGGCUUUGGCAAGCUUUGUCAAAGCUUCAGUCGUACGCCAUCAAGCAAUCCGCCGGCAAGCUAUCCAUAGAAGUGGCUACUAGAGUGAGCUACUGGGUAGCCUCUGAUGGAUCUGGAACCUUCAAAUCUCCUCCUCCAGAACCAUCAGAAUAG